GGGGCACGGGGAUGCUGCGGGAGACCCCUGAGAUACAGGUGGACUCUCCCGGGGCGCGGGGAAGAAGAGAGAGCCGACUGCGAGAAGGAAGGCGACCUGGGUGGGCAGGAUCCCCUCUGGGAAGAUUACAGGGACAGUCGGGGCCAUGGCGGUCAGAAGGAGAAGAGCAACGAGGGGCUUUUAAAGGUCGGAACCGAGAUGCCCUUUACAGAGGACGCCAUGAAGGAGAGCCUUCUGAAGAGGGACCAUGUGGAAGAUGCCCCGAGGACUCGGGGAGGCGGAGCCCGAGGGUUCAGCCCCCAGCGCCCGCACGGCCCCUGCCUGCGGAGGCCGCCCGCGGGAGUCGGACCCCGGGCGCCGGUUGCUGGGGCCCGCGGGGGUCGCCGGGCCUCAGGCGCCGCGCUGAUUGGCUGCGCCGCGGGCGGAAGUGAUGCUGCUGUCACUGCUCCUCCGGCUCCCGGGAAGCCGCGAGUUUCCGCAGGGAGGCGGCGGCAGCUGCGGCCGGGCCGGUCUGUAGCCUUUGCUGAGUCAACACUAAUCACAGUGAAAGUGAUGCCUUUUCUCCAUUUGCACAACAUGAGUGUGACGUGGUUAGCCAGACCAGGAGCUCAACCUCAUGUAGAAUUCAGUCCACUGCUCUGAUGCCGAAGAGGAGGCAGAAAGUGCCACACUUGGAUGCCCCCCUGGGCCUGCCCACGUGCCUCUGGCUGAAAUUAGCCGGGCUCUUCUUACUGGUUCCCUGGGUCAUGGGCCUGGCAGGGACAGGUGGGCCUGAUGGCCACAGCCCAGGGGGGCCGAGCUGGGCUGUGCACCUGGAAAGCCUGGAAGGUGACGGAGAGGAAGAGACUCUGGAGCAGCAGGCGGAUGCCUUGGCCCAGGCAGCAGGGCUGGUGAAUGCUGGACGCAUCGGAGAGCUUCAGGGGCACUACCUCUUUGUCCAGCCUGCUGGGCACAGGCCGGCCCUGGAGGUGGAGGCCAUCCGGCAGCAGGUGGAAGCUGUGUUGGCUGGGCAUGAAGCUGUGCGCUGGCACUCAGAGCAGAGGCUGCUAAGGCGGGCCAAGCGCAGCGUCCACUUCAAUGACCCCAAGUACCCGCAGCAAUGGCAUCUGAAUAACCGACGGAGCCCGGGCAGGGACAUCAACGUGACCGGUGUGUGGGAACGCAAUGUGACUGGGCGAGGGGUGACGGUGGUGGUAGUGGAUGACGGAGUGGAACACACCAUCCAGGACAUUGCACCCAACUAUAGCCCUGAGGGUAGCUAUGAUCUCAACUCUAAUGACCCUGACCCCAUGCCCCACCCGGAUGUGGAGAAUGGCAACCACCACGGCACGCGAUGUGCAGGAGAGAUCGCGGCUGUGCCCAACAACAGCUUCUGUGCCGUGGGUGUGGCCUACGGGAGCCGCAUCGCAGGUAUCCGGGUACUGGAUGGACCUCUCACAGACAGCAUGGAGGCAGUGGCGUUCAACAAGCACUAUCAGAUCAAUGACAUCUACAGCUGCAGCUGGGGACCAGAUGAUGAUGGGAAGACCGUGGAUGGCCCCCAUCAGCUUGGAAAGGCUGCCUUACAACAUGGGGUGAUUGCUGGUCGCCAGGGCUUUGGGAGCAUCUUUGUGGUAGCCAGUGGCAACGGAGGCCAACACAACGAUAACUGCAACUACGAUGGCUAUGCCAACUCCAUCUACACAGUCACCAUAGGAGCUGUGGAUGAGGAGGGACGCAUGCCUUUCUAUGCAGAAGAAUGUGCCUCCAUGCUGGCAGUCACCUUCAGUGGUGGGGACAAGAUGCUUCGGAGCAUUGUGACCACUGACUGGGACCUUCAGAAGGGCACUGGCUGCACUGAGGGCCACACAGGGACCUCAGCUGCAGCGCCUCUGGCAGCUGGCAUGAUAGCCUUAAUGCUGCAGGUGCGGCCCUGCCUCACAUGGCGUGACGUCCAGCACAUAAUUGUCUUCACAGCCACCCGGUACGAGGAUCGCCGUGCAGAGUGGGUCACCAACGAGGCAGGCUUCAGCCAUAGCCACCAGCACGGUUUCGGCCUGCUCAACGCCUGGAGGCUCGUGAAUGCAGCCAAGAUCUGGACAUCUGUCCCUUAUUUAGCAUCCUACGUCAGUCCCGUGUUAAAAGAAAACAAGGCGAUUCCACAGUCCCCUCGUUCCCUGGAGGUCCUGUGGAAUGUCAGCAGGAUGGACCUGGAGAUGUCGGGGCUGAAGACCCUGGAGCAUGUGGCUGUGACAGUCUCCAUCACUCACCCACGGCGCGGCAGCUUGGAGCUGAAGCUGUUCUGCCCCAGCGGAAUGAUGUCCCUCAUCGGCGCCCCCCGCAGCAUGGACUCGGAUCCCAACGGCUUCAAUGACUGGACCUUCUCCACCGUGCGAUGCUGGGGGGAGAGAGCCCGAGGGACCUACAGGCUUGUCAUCAGGGAUGUCGGCUGUUAGAGAGUGCCAUGAGUGGAAGAUACCUGCAUGAUGACUUCGCCCUGCCCUGCCCACCGGGGCUGAAAAUUCCCGAGGAAGAUGGUUACACCAUCACCCCCAAUACCCUCAAGGUACUAGGGCCAAGACUCAAGCUGCGGGUAGACGGGACUGUCCUGUCUGGGGGAUGGAGUUCUUAGUGUUUCUCAGGGUGACCUGCAGGGUGAAGGACUGGGAAGACCUGGGUCCCAGCAGUGGUUUCAUAGCAUUGCUCCUACCCUGCUAGCCUAAGUCUUACAGGACAGGCCUUGUCGGGGGAGGGGGCGGGGGAACAGUUUGGGUGAAAAAGGCAGUCCCUAGAAGGAAAAAGACUUUCUGAGCUCAUUGUCCUGGGCUGAGAAAGGCUGUAGGCUUCGGGAAACAGUGCCUCACGUAGGUGCUUGCCUCGGCCCCAGACCCUGGUGCUGGUAGGCUGUUUCACCGUCUUCUGGACCGUUUACUACAUGCUGGAAGUAUAUUUGAGCCAGAGGAAUGUGGCUUCCAAUCAAGUUUGUAGGAGUGGACCCUGCCACUGGCCCCAUCGGAGCCGGAAAGCCAAGGAGGAAGGGACAGAGCUAGAAUCAGUGCCACUUUGCAGCAGCAAGGAUCCAGACGAAGUGGAAACAGAGAGCAGGGGCCCUCCCACCACCUCUGACCUCCUUGCCCCAGACCUGCUGGAGCAAGGGGACUGGAGCCUGUCCCAGAACAAGAGCGCCCUGGACUGCCCUCAUCAGCACCUAGACCUACUGCAUGGGAAGGAGGAGCAGAUCUGCUGACCUCAGGGCCUGACAGUGUGGGACAGGCUCUUCCUUCCCAAAAUUAGGGAGCUCUUGAGAGAAAGCGGUUCUGAUGCUUACAUCUGGAAUCUGAGGCAUCCUCUGACUCCACUCAAAGAGGGUGAGGGCCUUCUUAAGAUACAAGUGGUGGAGGAUUGGUGCCAGAGAAGUCUGGUCAGAGCCACAGGGUCUGCCUCCAGCCAAACAGGAACUUUCGGUGAGAAGGUGUUGGACAGGGGAUUGGCGCCCCCUUUGGGUUGGCCUCCAUCCUCAUCUCUUGGGCCAACUGGCUGCCUAGGUCCCCCAAGCAUGGGGGACCCCUUCCCACACAUGAGUUGAGAAGGUGCCUGCCGUAGCCAGGAGUGCAUCUCAAUGGAAACGUCACUGGGGUCACUUGGGAAGAGGACUUCGGGGUAGAGGCUGGAAGGAGCCCCUGGACAUGCCUGUCCUGAAAGCGGCUGCCUCCAUUAUCCAUUGCCAAGAUGCCUGAUCAGAAGCCAACCAUGAAUGAACCCCUGGCUCCUUCACCACCCCCACGAUUGGUAUGAUGCUGCAGGCACAGCUGGGAUACACAUGGCUCCCCCAGGCCUGAGCUGCUUCACUAGGGAAUCCUGCGGCAGGACUGCAGAGCAGAUGGCAGACACGCAUGUUGGAGGAGAGAGCCUUGGGAGCCACUGCCGCUCCAGUCCUGCCACCACCCUGUCUUCCUCUGCAAGUGCUCAGGGAAAUGGCCUUCCCGCCGGAGGCCAGCUAUCUGCCUGACAGGCUGUGACUCUUCUCUCAGCCUUGGCCUUCUCCCCUCUUCUGAGCUAGUUGGUCGAAUUUUUUUUAAUGCUUAAGAUUUGUUUUUCUCUUUCACAGCAACAUUUUCUUGAAUUUUUUUCUGCACAGCUUUUCCAAAAUAAAAACCUUCCAAACAA